AUGAUCUGUCAGCAGCCACCCUACACCAACGAAAAGAUUUACUCCUUAAUCGUGGAAGCCAUACGAGUGCACGACCUGUGGUACAGAUGGGACUUUCCCAAAAAACCUCUGAUCACGAAAGAGGGUGGUAUGAAAACCAUACUUACGCCUGAAGACGGCCUACAGAAAUUGAAAUCAUGGGGACUCCCGCCGCCACCUGUGGAACGAGAGAUCCAGAUGAGGGCGAAACUCUCACAGAUUGGACCACGGUCUCGAAAAAACAAGACCAUGCAAAGGACUCUUGAGGGCUUAAGCAAGUAUUCUGCACAUAUACACGACCGAAUAUGCUGA